AUGGGGUCUGGAGGGUCCAAGAAAAGUGCUGAGGCCGCAGCAAAAGGUGCUGAAAAAGCUCCUGAGGCAGCUCCAGCACAAAAGGUUGACCCUGCACCUGCUGCACCGGCUGCGCCUGCAGCACCUGCUGAAGAAGGCCUGUACAAGCCCAUGGAUCCCCCGGAAUCCUUUGUGGUUGAUGGUUUGAAGGUUGCUGGUGGAGUAGUCUCCGAUCAUCCAGAUGUUCGCGACGGGAAAGUGCUACAAGUCGCAAAGCAUCCUGAGGAGUCGAUGAUGCAGUACUGGCUGAAGGUUGAAUAUGGCUCCGGGCAAAUUGCAUUCGUCCACACUUUGAUGAGCUGUGGCUGGAACUCCGACAAGGUCAUCCGUGGUGUUGGUGACGCUAAAUUCCCUCCAGAUCCAAAGAAUUUGCCUGCAUCCACGGAGGAUGCUCCUGCUGGGGGCAUGGCACCUCCUCCUCCUGGAGAUGAUCAGCCUUACAAGAUCAUGGAUCCACCAGAGGACUUCGUAGUUGAAGGCCUGGCCGUGAAUGAGAGGCUUCGUGAAGACUAUCCAGAUGUGUGUGAUGGCAAGGUCUUACAGGUUGCCAAGCAUCCAGAGGAGACGAUGAUGCAAUAUUGGCUGAAGGUGCAGUAUGGUGAGGGUAAGAUUGCAUUUGUGCAUACGAUGAUGAGCUGCGGGUGGACCUACAACAAUGCCAUGCUGGAUGUCGGCGAAGCUGCAUUCCCCCCCGUUUCGAAGAGCAUGCCAGAGGGUGAGGGCGGUGAGGGGGAUGGAGAGGAUGCAGAGCCACUCUACAAGCUGCUGGAUUCACCAGAAGACUUUGUUGUCAAGGGAUUACAGUCAUGUGGAGGAGCAUUGACAGGUCAUGACGACGUCAAGCAAGGCAAAGUGUUGCAGGUCGCCAAACAUCCCGUGGAGCCUCGGAUGAACUACUGGCUGAAAGUCGAGUAUGAGGGCAAGAUCGCUUUAGUUCAUAUGCUGAUGAGCUGUGGAUGGACUUCCGACAAUCUCAUCGAAGAUGUUGGUGAUGUUGCCUUCCCACCUGAUCCAAACAAUCUUCCAGUCUCCAAGGGUGGUGCAGUAGAGCUUCCAGAUUUAAAGCCUGCCGACUAUGCGCAAGAGUUUGUGGAUCCAUCCCAUCAGGAGGCCAUUGCAACCGACCCCAAGCUGAAGAGUGCUUUCCCCGAGGCGUCCGUUGGUGAUGUGAAGAGCAUUUGGCGCGGACCGACCGGCUUUUGGCUGGAAGUGGUGGGGGAACCCGAGCGCACUCGUUAUGGUGCACACUUCCUGCAGGACUAUGAUGCUCCACCACCAGCAGAGGGUGAGAAAUACAUCAUCAACUGCGCAGUGAGACUUGCUCAGGAUGAGGAAUUCCCCCCUGAGCCCCGUGCUACCCGUGGCAAGGCUGUGGCUUUCAAAACCGACUGA